UAAAUCCUCUCAGUCCUGUCCCAUUUGUUACCUUCUCACAUACUCAGUCAGUUCCCCUCAUAGAUAUGUACAAGGACAAGAAUAGGCCGGACAUGGUAAUAUAUGCCUUUAAUACAGCACCUGGGAGUCAGAGACAGGCAGAUCUCUGAUAGUUUGAGGCUGGCUUAGUCUUCAUGAUGAGUUCUAGGACAGCUAUAUAGAGACCCUGUUUCAAACAAAACAAACAACAAUAACAAACAAACAAACAAAAAAGAGGGGGAAAUUUGUUGAGACAGAAGCAGGAUGAAAGGCAUCUUUUCUCCAAGUACCACCUGUGGGUUAGGUUAAGGCCUGCCACAGCCUGGUUUUGUAAGUAAGUAAAAUAUUAUUAGAACAUAUUGUCUAGAGUUCCCCCCCCCUUUUUUUUGGAGCUGGGGACCGAACCCAGGGCCUUGCACUUGCUAGGCAAGCGCUCUACCACUGAGUUAAAUCCCCAACCCCCUAGAGUUUUUUUCUGUUCAAUAAAAUAAUUGCCACAGAGUCCACAUGACCUGUAAAGCCAGACAUUGUAUCUGGCCCUUUAUUAAAAACUUGCUGACCUUUGCUUCAAAGAGAACAAGAAAGCAAGGAGGGUGCCUGUAGGAGCUAGGGAGAGCAUGGACUGAGGAAGAGCGUUGGGGUUCAUUUAAGUAGAGAACAAAGAUCGUAAUAUGCUCAUUACUGUGGAGAGCUUUGCCUAAUGCAGCAAGGGCUAACAGUUCAGCCUCUGACCUUGAGAUUAAUAAAUAAGUAAACAGGGGAAUGAGAGAGCCAGUAGCUCCAUGUCUACACUGGUAGUUCAGCUAUCGGUUAUCCUGAAUGUGUGGGAUUCUUUUUAGGACUACUUGAACAAAGAGAGGUACCAGCGUGGUAAGGUCUGCACAAUCUUGUUUUCUCUUCCCAGAGUUUAGCUACUAUUACAGUUUUAAGUUGUAGCAAAAAGUGCAUGCACAAAAUACACAGUUUUAACCCUCUUUAAGCUACAGUCUGGUGACGGUCAGAAUAUAUUUAAAUUUUGUGCAACCAUGUGUAAAACCCUUGUGUGUGUGUUGUCUAUAUGUGUGUGGUUGCCUGACAGGGUGUGGAGGCAGAGGUAGGCAUGGGAUGCCUUCCUCUAUAUCUCUCUACCUUGUUUUUGGACACAGGGUCUCUAGAUGAACCCAGAACUCACUGAUUAGCUAGGCUAGGUGGUCAGCAAGUUCUGGGAUCUACCUGUCUCUGUGCCCCACCCGUCUCACAAGUGCUGGGAUUACAGGUGCACAGAGCCACAGCUGGCUCUUAUGUGGGUGCUGGGGAACUGGAUUCAGUUCCUCACGCUUGUGCAGCAGGUCAUAAGAUGCUCUUAAUCCAAGAUGAAAUCAGAAGCUGUUUAGGGACAAAUAAAGGAAAGAGGAAUGCAAGGGGUAGGACUCAGGACACAGGAGUCACAACAUCCUUUUUUAGGGCCAUGUGUUGGGAGGGAUGAGGAAAUAAGAGACAGGGAUAGACAGAGACACCUGCUGGUAUGUUGUAUUGUAUGUUACCAGGAAAACAAUAGCACUGGUUGGUCUCCUUGCUGCCAACCCGUCAUGCCUCUGAAAGCUAUCGGGAGUCAACCCAUCUGCUUCCCUAGAUCAAGAAGAGAUUAUCUGUACGAAGGACCCAGCCUCUGGAAUGCAAUUCGUGUUGUCUCAACUUUGGUUGGCCUGGAUCAGGUCUAAGGGUUCAGGGAGGUACGACAGUGCCACCUGCUGAUCAGCACUCAGAUGACAAAAAUUCUCACCACAACUCUUCUGAUGAGAUUUUCUCAAAACAAGCUUGGGAAAUACUUAGGCCAUCAAAACAAUUUUCAUGCAGGUCAGAGCCUUGCCUUCUGUCUUAGUUCCUGGAGAGUUGGGCAGUAAUCAAUGUGUACAGGAUACACUUCUGAGAAAUUAUUAUUUGUCCAAGUUGUUUUUUCUGAAUAGUCUCAUUGUUCAAGAGUCUUUUUUUCCCCUCAAAAAGAAAGGAACAUCCUGAGACCUAGAACCAGAUACAAGGAGCACUAGUGUUUUGCUGAACCCAGAGAUUCCACAGAGCUAAAUCCCCAACCUCAAGUUAAUAUCCUUAGUUCUAAAUCCUACUUCAUAUCCUAUUUCUCAAGGGAAGGAAAGAGGUUUAUCAAGGGAGGGAUUUAUCAUGAUUAAUUACUGAGAAGGUGGUAGAAAGUCAGAGAAAUAAAGGUACGAUGUGAGAGUUCACACGUGAAAUUUCAAUUCUUAGGAAGUCGAUAAAGAAGGGUCCAAAGGUUAGGACCAACCAGGGCUACAAAAAUGAGUUGGAGGCCAGUCAGGACUACCUCAGAUACAAUCUCAAAAACCAAAUAUAAAACAAAGGAAGCAAAAACUAGAAUAGCAGGAGCUGGAGAGAUGGCUCAGCGGUUAAGAGCACUGUCUGUGCUCUUCCAGAGGUCCUGAGUUCAAUUUCCAGCAAAGAUAGGGUAGCUCACAACCAUCUGUAAUGUCAUCUGAUGCCCUCUUCUGGCAUGGAGGUGCACCCACAGAGAGCUCACUCAUACAUAAAUGAAUGAAUCAAAAAAAAAAAAAAAAAAACCUAGAGAAGCAAAGGGAAAACAAAAUAAACCUCGUUAUAGUUGUGCCUCCAGAAAUCCUGACCAAUAGGACCUGUAGAAGUAGUUUUGAACUCAUAUAAUAGCUCCUUGGAGUACCUGAAAGCCAAAGUGAAACUAGUGGAAGUUACUACAAUUCAGAGGUUAAAUUCCACAGUAGUUUUCCAUAUACUUAUAUCUUUCUGUCGCACCAAGGAUAUGAUGAUAGAAGUGUAAAUAUCUUGUCUACAAAAGGAGUUGUACAUGAAUAUUAAAUUCCAAGUCCAAAAUCAUUUUAAGGGUAAAAGGGGGUGGUGGCAGGUUAACUGCUCAUUCCUAUGGACUCUCUUAAAAGCUUCAGGGGACAAAACUACUAUUCAAACAAAACACCUCAGUUCAGAGCUGAUCCUAAUAGAAUGCCAACUUGCCAAUCUUUUCCAUCUGGUAGUUCUGGUAUCGACUUGCAGGGAAUGGGAGAGAACUGUCUCAACAGUUUUUGGGGUUGUUUUGAGACAGAGUUUUAUGUAGCUCAGACUAGUCUUGAAUUCACCAUGUAGCCAAGGAUGACCUUGGAUUUCUGCUCUUUCUGUGUCCACCCUCCACUAUGACAGUUUAAGUGCUCCUGGAGAUCCAGCCCAGAGCUAGUGAUGCUGGGCUAGUGAUCUACAAUCUGAGCAAUAUCCACAGCCCCUCCUAAUAGGUUUUCAAAGGAGCUCACUGCGACUCCUUGCAAGAUGAAGGCUAGAGUCUUCUAGGCUUGUCUCAGAACCUUGUUUUGGAGUCUGUUGUAAACUGAGUAGAAAGGAAAGCAUAUGGGAUACUUUAUAUUGCGGAGCGGACAUAGUGGUAGGGAGGCACUGGAUAAGAGAGGGGUCACCUGCGUAAGUGAUCACGACAGCACCAUUCUAGUAAAUGGGACAGCCAUUGUUGGGAGGUAGCCUGGUGGGUGAGGCUAGACUAUGAAGCGCCUCUCAGUUACUAUGGUAGCCUUACCAAACCCCGCCCCCCUUUACUGGUCUAAGGAAAGACCGCCCUGAGUGGUCGCCUAGGGUUACUGGGAGGCUCCACCCCUCACUUUCUGCCCGCUGCCCCUCGAGUGGACUGCGUUCCCGCCUGCUUGGCAGGGGGAGGACGCGCGGUGGUGGCGGCGUCACAUCCGGGCGGGUGAGUGAGUUCCGGUAUUUCAGGGCGGAGCAGGCGGAAGUAGGGUGAAAAGCGGCUACAACGCCGAGCGGAGGAGGUAGGAACCUGAUUUCCAGAAGCAGCUGGGUAGGCACCAUGGCCGGGAGCACCACCAUCGAGGCGGUAAAGCGCAAGAUCCAGGUUCUGCAGCAGCAGGCUGAUGAUGCGGAGGAGAGGGCCGAGCGCCUCCAGCGGGAAGUGGAGGGAGAAAGGCGGGCCCGGGAGCAGGCUGAAGCUGAGGUGGCCUCCUUGAACCGCAGGAUCCAGCUGGUUGAAGAGGAGCUGGACCGCGCCCAGGAGCGCCUUGCCACUGCUUUGCAGAAGCUGGAGGAAGCGGAGAAGGCUGCUGAUGAGAGUGAGAGAGGUAUGAAGGUGAUUGAAAACCGGGCUCUAAAAGAUGAAGAAAAGAUGGAGCUCCAGGAAAUCCAGCUGAAGGAAGCAAAGCACAUUGCAGAAGAGGCAGACAGGAAGUAUGAAGAGGUGGCUCGUAAGUUGGUGAUUAUUGAAGGAGACUUGGAACGCACGGAGGAACGCGCCGAGCUGGCAGAGUCUAAGUGUUCUGAGCUGGAGGAGGAGCUGAAGAAUGUCACCAACAACCUCAAAUCUCUUGAGGCUCAGGCGGAGAAGUACUCUCAAAAAGAAGACAAGUAUGAAGAAGAAAUAAAGAUUCUUACUGAUAAACUCAAGGAGGCGGAGACCCGGGCUGAGUUUGCUGAAAGAUCGGUAGCCAAACUGGAAAAGACCAUUGAUGACUUGGAAGGUAUGGAGCACAUUGGGGAGCAUGAGAGAGGAAGACCUUGCCCGUUAAUCUCGAGCCUUUGGUCUGCUCAUCAGGGAAUUGGUAGUGACCUGGUAUCAAUAUGUCAAUGUGUCCUGUCCUGUAUUCUAGCUAGGUAAAGCAUGUCAGGAGUUUUAAAUCUUUUCCUUUAGUGAGACUACUUAUUUCUGGAAUCUGCCGUCUUUCCUUUGAGAAGAUGUAAUGGCUGUAUUUAUCUCCAGUUUAGUAAUCUUAAAUAUCUUAAAUCUCGACUCUGAGUGGAAACGGGAGCCACGGCCACUUUGUGCAUUAUCAUUCAGGCCGGGUGACACCUGCAGGAGACAGCACUCAAGUCUCACAGCCUAGACCAACAGAACGAACAGUCAGGGCUUCUUGUUCUUGUAGUUUGGCGGCGGUGGCUGUCCACCUUAACAAAGAAACAAGUUUUGCUCUGAGGACUUCCUUGAUAUGGUCUUGGUGACUGGUCUGGGGAGGUGGCCAUAGAACCGUGAAGAGCGAUCACCCUGAGUAGGCAGAGAAGAGUCACCACGGCUGUGUGCUUGGUCCCUUUUCUGUCUUCCUUAAGUGUUACCACUGCUUCAGAACUGGGUGGGAGGGAGAGCUGUUCUGGGUGCCUGGAGUAGCUGGUGUGUGUUCAGGUUCUCAGUUCUUGGCUCCAGUUGACUUGAAGAGAUAUCAGGAAGUACUGUUGGCCAUGGGGAAAAUAGAUUAGAAAUGGCCAGUCAUGGCUACCAGAAUAGUUUUGUUUUGUUUUGUUUUGUUUUGUUUUGUUUUUUCUUCCUGGUUUUAGACCUGUGGUCACAUUUUUCCUAUUUUCUAAUGACUCCUCUCUUCCUUCAUCUGCUUCUGAUACCUUUCACUUUACCCUCCAUCACCCCUGUGGUUCCUGUGCCUGUCCAGAUGAGCUCUAUGCCCAGAAACUGAAGUACAAGGCCAUUAGCGACGAGCUGGACCACGCCCUCAAUGACAUGACCUCUAUGUAACUAUCAGGCAGCAGAGUGGGGCUGGGGUCCUGGCGUGUGGGUGAGGGUGUGGCUGCGCAGAGUGUGCUUGGGUUUUGUCCUUGAAUCUGCAGCCUCCACCCACUUGCAAACAAACGUUGGUGCUGGUUAUCCAUUUGGCAGAACCUGGAGAGGCUUUUAAUCUUGAUAUAAUUUAUAUUCUCUUAUUCUCCCAUCUAGUUCUAACAGGGUCUAAUUAUAUAAGCCAUAUUGACCUGAGACUCCAAAUUCUCCCAACUCAACCCUCAACCUCUAAGGUGAUCGCCAUGUGCCACUGUGGCCAGUUCUCCUUGGAACUUUUCACUUUGGUUUCUCAAAGCUAGGCAUGGUGACACAGCACUGUAAUCCUUGCUGUCUGGAUGCUAAGGCAGAAGGGCCGUGCAGGUUCAAGGCCAGUUAGCCCUGAAUGGCAAGACAGUCUCAAAAGCAAAAGGAAACGGUCAUGGUGGCGCUCACCUUUAAUCCAAGCGUAGGCAGUCAGAUCUCUACGUAGUGAGUUCCAGGGUUAUGUGUAGAGAUCCUGAUUUGUGCCCUGAUAGUAAAGUUAAUGGGACAUACCCGGGGCGAGAAGCAGCCAGUUUAAGAAUUGAACUGAGUCCCAAAGCAAGCCAAGCAGUAAACAGCACCAAGAGUUUUGGGGGACUUGACCUGUGUGCUGUGGGCCUGGUUAGUGCUAACCUGCACCGUCUUCCUACUAACCCUGGGAGGAGAGUGUUGCAGCCUGUGUGUCUGGCUCUCUCUCCUGCUCUCUGUCGCCCUGUUCCCUUCUUCCUAAGCUGCUGCCUCAGUUGAGCCAGCCCUUCUCACCUGGAGUGUCCUUUUUCAUACAGAUAAACUGUCACCGUUUCUGCUCUGUUCUGGAUCUACCCCCCUUUCCUUGGGGAACCCAACACCCCACUCGCUCUGGAUUCCAUUUGGGUCAGCCUGGCUGGUUCCCACAGCCUUAGGACUGGAGGGCCUGGGGCGGGGCACAAAGCAAUUUACAUAUUUGCUUUCACCCCCAUAUUAAAAUGUUAAGCUGCCAAAA